ACUUGUCAUGGCUCGUACGAAGCAGACUGCUCGUAAGUCCACUGGUGGCAAAGCGCCGCGCAAACAGUUAGCCACUAAGGCGGCCCGCAAAAGUGCUCCGGCUACCGGUGGCGUGAAGAAGCCCCACCGCUACCGGCCGGGCACUGUGGCGCUGCGUGAGAUUCGCCGCUACCAGAAAUCGACUGAGUUGCUUAUUCGUAAGUUGCCUUUCCAACGUCUGGUGCGUGAGAUAGCGCAGGACUUCAAGACCGACCUGCGCUUCCAGAGCUCCGCUGUGAUGGCCUUGCAGGAGGCGUGCGAAGCUUACCUAGUGGGGCUUUUUGAGGAUACGAAUCUGUGUGCUAUUCACGCCAAGCGCGUCACUAUUAUGCCCAAAGACAUCCAGCUCGCGCGUCGCAUUCGUGGGGAGCGGGCGUAGUCUUUUCCCCGAGUGCCCUACUUUGAAAU